AUGGCCUACGUCGUCCCGAUCCAUCGUGCCAGCAGCGUGCGGUACGCGCUGAAGCUCAACUUUCUCGAGCCAGAAGAAGAUUGUCUCGUUGUCGCUAAAGGAGCUCGUCUCGAAUUCUACUCCAUAACCCCCGAUGGCCUUACACUCACCACAUCUCGUGCUCUAUAUGCCAAAAUCUCGAUGCUAGCACGACUCCCGACCCCGACCAACUCGACGACAGACCAUCUCCUCGUCGGCACAGAUCAAAAUACAUACUUUACACUGAAAUGGGACAGUGAGAAACAGAGAGUCCGUACGGAACGGAGUUAUGUCGAUCUAGCCGACAAGGCAUCCCGUCCCUGUCAGAAUGGUGACCGAUGUCUGAUCGAUCCAAGCGGGAGAUUCAUGACAUUAGAAAUGUUUGAGGGCAUCAUCACCGUGAUACCGAUUAUUCAGCCUCAUAAGAAACGAGGCAAACCGCCGGUUCUGAAAACGUCGCAUUACAGUAACCCCGACGAGCCGGUACCGCAGAUCGGAGAACUGGGGGAACCUAUGCCGACAAGAAUUGAUGAGUUGAUGGUGCGAUCGUCGGCUUUCUUGCAUGUGGAAAGCAAAGCAGCUCCUAGACUGGCGCUGUUGCACGAAGAUAAUCAACGGAAAGUGAGGUUGAAAAUUAGAGAAUUGCAUUUCGAAGCGUCUACGGAGGUGGUCUUUCAGGAGACUGAGGAUUUUACCGAGGAGUUAGACCUGGGUGCUUCGCAUUUGAUUCCUGUUCCUGCACCAUUAGGUGGAUUACUGGUUCUCGGGGAGACGUGCAUCAAGUAUAUAGAUGACGCUAAUAACGAAACAAUCUCAAGGCCUCUUGACGAAGCCACAAUCUUUGUUGCAUGGGUCCAGGUAGAUGGCCAGCGAUGGCUUCUCGCUGAUGAUUACGGCCGCCUCUUUUUCCUGAUGCUGGUCCUCGAUUCCCGAAACGAAGUAGAAGGCUGGAAGAUCGACUACCUGGGUAGCGCAUCGAGAGCAUCCGUUCUCAUAUAUCUGGGCGCUGGAAUGACUUUUAUCGGCUCUCAUCAAGGCGAUUCCCAGGUUAUUCGGAUCAGUGAGGGGUCAUUUGAGAUUAUUCAGACCAUAUCGAAUAUCGCUCCAAUUUUAGAUUUUACUAUCAUGGACCUGGGUACGCGCGAAGGGGAUAACUACACCCACGAGUUCUCGUCAGGUCAAGCUCGCAUUGUCACCGGCUCCGGCGCAUUCAAUGAUGGCACCCUGAGAAGUGUGCGAAGUGGUGUCGGAAUGGAAGAAUUAGGUGUUCUAGGUGAAAUGGAGCAUAUCACGGACAUGUGGGCUCUGCAAGUUUCCAGUACGGAUGAAUUCUCAGACACAUUGGUAGUCACCUUCGUCAAUGAAACCCGAAUCUUCCAGUUCAGUUCGGAUGGCGAAGUAGAAGAAUUGGAUGAGUUUCUCGGUCUGAACUUGGCAGAGAAUACUCUCCUCUCGAAUAAUCUACCCGGCGGCCGCAUCAUACAUGUCACAGAAAGAGGUGUGAGUAUAGCCGAUACAGACAGUGGCAUGGUUAUAUCGAAAUGGUCUCCAGAUGAGCAGACAAUCACUUCAGCGGCAUGCAACGAUGAGCGCCUUGUUGUGGUAACUGGCGGACAAGUUAUUGUCGUUCUGGACAUCACUGGUGACCUGAAGGUUCUGUCACAAAAAGAUUUCGACAAGGACAAUCAAGUGUCAGGAGUGACUAUUCCACCGGCAUCAACACAAGCCUUCAUCGCCGCUUUCCCACAAAAGGCACAGGUGGCUGUUCUAUCUUUCCAGGAUUUCAAAGAACUUCAUAGCCAGUCACUGGGCAUCGCUAGUGAGGCUUUCCCACGAGCGGUACUCUUAGCAGAGAUUCUAGAAGACAGCCCUUCGACAUUGUUUGUUUCCAUGGCGGACGGCAGUGUUGUAACAUUCUUUUAUGACUCUGACAACCAUUCUCUGACUAGCAAAAAUAAGUUGAUUCUCGGCUCUGAACAACCGACAUUCAAGAAAUUACCUCGAGGCAAUGGUCUCUAUAACGUCUUCGCUACAUGCGAGCAUCCUAGUUUGAUAUAUGGUUCCGAAGGGCGGAUUAUCUACUCAGCAGUGAACUCAGAAGGUGCUUCGCGUGUUUGUCACUUCAACGCAGAAGCCUACCCAGAUGCUAUUGCAGUAGCAACCUCGAAAGAUCUCAAGAUCGCCUUGGUAGACAAGGAGCGCACAACUCAAAUUCAAACACUACCCAUUGAAGCAACUGUUCGACGGGUAGCAUAUUCCCCGACAGAAAAGGCAUUCGGAAUCGGGACCAUCAAGCGCCGUCUACAAGACGGAGCUGAAAUUGUCGAAAGCCAAUUCGUGCUUGCUGAUGAAAUCAUGUUCCGAAAAUUAGAUUCCUUUGAUUUGAAGCCGGAUGAGCUCGUUGAAAGUGUUAUUCGUGCUCAAAUGGUUGUUGGAAGUGAUGCGUAUAAUAAACCUAUCUACAAAGAUAGAUUUAUUGUCGGGACAGCAUAUUUGGAUGAUGAGACAGCAGAAUCAAUACGUGGGCGUAUCCUGCUGUUCGAAGUUGACUCUAACAGGAAGCUAUCCUUGUUCCUGGAACAUCCGGUCAAGGGGGCAUGCCGAGCAUUGGCUAUGAUGGGCAAUAAGAUAGUUGCAGCCCUUGUGAAGACUGUGGUCAUCUUCGAUGUAGAACGGAAAUCACAGCUAGGAAAACACGCGCUCAAGAAGGUCGCCGCCUACCGCACAUCAACCGCCCCUGUUGAUAUCGCUGUAACCGAUAGCACCAUUGUUGUCGCCGAUCUGAUGAAAAGUAUAUCCAUAGUUGAGAGCCACAAAACCGACGCUUUGACUGUUGAGGCAAAGGAAGUCGCCCGUCAUUUCGCUACUGUAUGGACUACGGCUGUAGCAGAUAUUGGGUCAAAUCAGUGGCUUGUUAGUGAUGCAGAAGGAAAUCUGAUUGUCCUUCGUCGGAAUGUCGAUGGUGUAACAGAGGAAGAUCGUCGACGACUGGAAGUGACGAGUGAGUUACUUUUGGGCGAAAUGGUCAAUCGUAUUCGACCGGUGAAUAUUCUUCAAACGUCGACGGUGGCGGUAAACCCGAAGGCGUUUUUGGGAACUGUCGAAGGAUCAAUCUAUCUCUUCGCGCUCAUCAACCCAGAGCACCAGGACUUCCUGAUGCGACUCCAAACAGCCAUCACAGCUUAUGUUGAUUCCCCAGGAUACAUGCCAUUCAGCAAGUUUAGGGCCUUCCGAUCGUCUGUGCGUGAGGGCGACGAGCCUUUCAGAUUUGUUGACGGAGAACUUAUUGAGAGGUUUUUAGACUGUGAUAGACCUGUUCAGGAAGAGAUACUAGGCGUUGUUGGGAGUGGUUAUGAUUUGGAGUCAGUCCAGAAGAUGAUUGAGGCCUUGAGAAGGUUGCAUUAG